AUGAGAGACAGAGUCCAGACCACAGUAUGUAAAGAGAUAAGAGAGGGCCCAACAUAUCAGUCUGGGGUUGGAAUCUCUGAUUCCACUGUUGUAGUUGAUGAAAUUCCACCACCCUCAUCUGAACCUCAACAGCAGAGUUUGUCAAUCAAAGACAAAGAAUUUGUCUUUUUUGACCUGGAAACAACAGGACUUGCGAGAACAUCACACAUUCUACAGGUGGCUGCCAUUUGUGGGAAGGAGACAUUUUCUUCCUAUGUAAUGUCUAAGAAGCCAAUUACACCCUCUGCCUCCACGAUUACCGGCCUAAAGCUGGAUAAUGGAACCCUCUAUCACCAUGAGAGAAGAGUCAAUGCUGUUUCAAUUUCCAAUGCACUUGGCUCUUUUUUAAGCUUUAUUGAGAAGCAAGGCAAUGUUUUUUUAGUUGGCCACAAUAUCAAAAGUUUUGAUGUUCAUGUUCUUUUUCAAGCUCUAAAUUCUUGUUCGCUGUUGGAUCGAAUGUCAAAAUGUGUACAAGUUUUUUUAGAUACUAGAUUUCUAUUCAAACUUGUCCAUCCAAAUUUGUGUUCAUAUAGCCAGCAAUAUUUAUCAGAAGUGCUGCUAAAAUGUACUUACAAUGCGCAUAAUGCUGUAGAGGAUGUUUUAGUUUUGCAGAGGUUAUUUGACACUGUUCAUUUUUGUGAUGGCGAACAUUCAUCUUGUACAUUUACAUUUCAGUAUGCUUUGAGUGUUCAUAACUACCAGAAGGUUGUAGAUAGAAACAUUCCAUCCUUACAAGGUUUGAUUGAUAAAAAUGUUUUGAGUGUCAGAAUGGCAAAGAAGGUGGCAGGUAGUGGCCUAAACUUUGAUUGUCUCAGAUUAGCACAUUCUAGAAGUCCUGAUGGCAUUUAUAAUCUAUUCACUGAGCUGUGUGACAACAAAUCUGUCAGAGUUACGAAGUGCAAGAAAAUUAUUGAUAUUGUUACCCAGGUUUUCAUGUCUUCAAACAAAAGUUAA